CCACACAGGAAACUUGGCAGAUACAGGUGCGGCUGCUCACAUUAGCUACGAGACAGGGAACGAAGAGGUGAAGCUUGCUUUUACAUUUAUCCAUAUCCAGUUUUUAUCCAGCGGCGUCUUUCUGUCACUGUUUUACUGUUUUAUCACCGACUAAUGGAAAGGGCAUCGUGCUAGGGCCCACCUACGCCAUGUCCUUCGUAUUCCUGAGAGCUACAGUCAGAUAACAAAUCAUUAUCCAAUUCAGGAGGACAGACGCAACCAGCCUCCUUUACCGAUGGCCUUCUUCCAGCAGCUGAAACUUCUUCUCUGGAAGAAUGGACUGGCAGUUAUCAGACAGCCACUAUGGUCCCUGACUCUGAUCGCCUGGCCUCUGAUCAUCUUCAUCAUCAUUGCUGUGACCCGGAACCAGUUCCCUCCAGUAAUUAAAGAUACAUGUUAUGCGGGACCCCGGAACCUACCCAGCACGGGCUUCUUCCCUUUCCUGCAGACCCUCAUGUGCAACACAGACAGCACCUGUUACAACAAAUCACGCCUGGUGGACCCAGCUGCAACAAAGUCAUCUAUAAGAACCUCAAGGGAUACAAGGUCGAACCUAAUGCCGAAGAGUUCCCCGCUGGCAGACCUGUUUCAGGGGGCAGGGUUUUUCAACUUACCUCUCCCCAACGACUCCAGGAAUGAUCCUGCAGCACUGAUUAAGGCCUUUAACAACAUUUUGGGUCCAUCUUUCCAGGGAAGCUCUAAUGUCUCUCUCAUGAACACCAUGAAUACCACUCUUCUGGGAGAUCAGGAGACCUUCAACAAAAUGCUGGAGUCAGCGAUCCUGUUGAAGAGAGCCAUCUGCACCAUGAUGCUGCCCAUGAUGAACACAACCUCAACCAACCCCCUCUGCUAUGCUGUGGUCACUUUCUGCAAGUCCAACGACACUGUGUUUGAAGUCUCGCUCAACACAUUCAACCAGAUACUGACAGAGCUGAUGCUGGAAAAACCAGAUAAGAUGAUGACGGUGGCUGGGGCAGCGAUGAUGGCGUUCAAUCAGCUGCAAAAUCAGACCUCACUGUGGGAAAGCCUUCUUGCUAUUCCCCAGCUCUCCUCUUCUGGUUCUGUUGACCAGGUGCUGGCCAACGCAGUGGCCCUACUGACCAACAUACAGGGUGCUAUGAAUGUCAUCCAGAGCAAUUUCCCUGAAGCCAGUGCCUCACUUUCCACCGUGCAUCCACUCCUUGCUGGAGGCAUCAGCAUGAUCCACUAUGCUCAAAACUGGCCUGGCAAAGAUGUGUCCAUUUCCCUUGGCGAGGUUGUGACGUUGCCAAAUUACUCACUAAGUCAAAUGGUGACACGUGUUCUACAAGAGGUGAAAAUUCCACUGCAUAAGGCUAUUGGCCUGACACUGGACAGAGACAUGGUGCGGAUGUACUUGUGUGACAACAGCAGUAACCCAUUGUGGCUAACAGCAGCAUGUAGUACAGGCACCGUGGACAUGCUUCUGGGCUGGAUCAGCCCUGAUCAGGUGGCAAAGCAGGUUCUCCUGGUAUGGAGUAAGCAUGUUGCUCCACGUGAUGUGUCCUUCGCCAAAGGGCUGCUGCACAGUCUGAUGGGAGGUUCAUCCUCAAAAGGACAGGGAGGCUCCAACUUCACGAGGACCCGGCGUAGCGUAGAUACUCAACCACAAAACAUUGACGAGGAGCUCUUUUUGGGGGUCGGUGAAAUGGUGAUGGAUAUUAUAAAAAUUGUGCCGGAGCUGGAUAUGGUUGUCCAGAGUGUCCUCAGAACUGGCUUUCAGUCCAUGAAGUCAGCGACACUGGCCCUUGAUACUGUAGAAGGAAUGAUGGCCAAUGUCCUUAAAGAUGCUGAUAAACUUCAAAUGACUUAUCUAACAUUGCUUACAAACCAGUCUGGGGCAAGUGUUUGGAUUAGUCAUGUCCUGGACAGCGGGAUGGAAGUUAUUACGAAGAUUCUGUCAACUGAGUCUUUAACAUGUGAGGGUCUCUUGGGUCCCUUUGAGUGGCUCUUAAACACAGAGAGCAUAAAGAUCGAGGUGUGGAGAUCAAUGGUCUGUCAGAACAGCUCCGCUCUACAGCAAGCGCUACUAAUGGACUGGCUGCCAUUGGUUCAGAAGGCACAAGACGUGUACACUGCUCUGACAGGCCAAACAGACUACAACGUGACACUUCCCAUGAUUCUCUCUGAGUGGCACAAGCUGUGCAAUAACAGUAUGCAGGUCGCCGUGCUUUCACACAGACUGGCAACGGAGCUGGGUGGAGAGUACUGGAUGAACUGGAUGCCAGACAACAGCAGUCAAGAUGUUGCUGAAACUCUUCAACAAAGUGUUUCCUUGUUCAUGGUGAAUUUUGGAGAAAAGAUUGAGAAGAGUCAACUGUGGCCAGAGGUAAAGGACUAUUUCCACAUGGUUUUCUGGAUUUUGAACUACAGGCCUGAUGUCACAACUCAGCCAGCAAACUGUUCUAUUAACAUCAACGACUCAGCCAUUCAUUGCGAUACUGGUUUGGAAUGGCCACAGUUUGUUCAAGUGAUGACUCAGGCUCUGAUGUCACCAAACCAAGAUUUCCUGGUGAAUUGUCUCAAAGGAUCUGUGCAUCUGUUGCAGCAUGUGUUAAGUGACACCUAUAAAUAUAUGGCAGCAUCAUUUUUGAAACAAGAAAUCAAAGGGGGAGAUGCGCUCUCUGCCUACCUGAUAAACCUGUUACAGUACCUGGAUGGCUUUGUCAAAACGAUCUCCAUGCUUCCUGACCAAAACAUCACUAACCCUGACGUAAUGCUUCCCCUCAUCGGUAACCUGUUACAGUCGGCAGGUCUGAAACCACUGCUGCCUCUGCUCCUCGGCAAUGGCCCCCUUAACGUCUCCGCAGUGCUCGAUGUUGCCUCAAAGAUUGGCAGGCUCAACCAGGACAUUUCUACCUUCAAUGAGACAGACCCAAUGAUGCCUGAACUGGAACAGUUGAUUAUGCAGUUUCUCUCCUUAGAUGGUAACCUCACCAUGUCUCUCUGCCACAUCAUGGGACACACUCUGCUUACCUAUUCAGACUAUUUCCACCCUGACGAUGUGGCCCGUCUCAAAGAAACCAUCCAGCCUUUCACCAACCAGACCUCAGCAGGCCAUGUAGAAGCCAUCCUCAGUGCCAUGGAGCUACUGAAGACAGUGAUGGAUUCUCCAAAUGGUGAUCCAACUAACAUCAUUCUUGGGUACAUACGCCAGCUUCAAGAAUUUGUGAUGUCUCUGUAUAGUCUGGGAAGAAUCCAACAUCUCCCAUUACCAAGUGGGCAGCUUAGCACAGCACAAAUCAUUGACCUCAACCUGCUUUCCAAGGACUUUCUCAACCUUCUCACCCCAGAGAGCCUUCAGAACCUGUCUCAGGCUGGACCAGAUGCUGCCCAGAACAUUGUUGCACAGAAACUUGUAGCAUUCCUACCACCUGAGGUCCAACAGGAAGCUGCUCGCUUUCUCCAGGAUUUCAAAGCUUUGCAGUAUGAGAUGAUGGAAUGUACAGCAGGCCAAAACUGUUUGGCUGGAAUCUCAGAAAUCUUCACGUUCCUGGAUCAGAUAUUAGACAUGAUGCUCUCGGCCAACGGUAAUGUCAGCAUUGGAAUAUCUGCAAACAGCUCUAUUCUGGAGGGACAGGAGUCUGAGGAAAUUUUAUCCAUGUUCUUCCCACUUCUACUAUCCUCUAAUAAUGCUGCCAAUGUGGAAACAUUUAAUCAGACUCUUCAUUUCAUCAGAUUGAUCAUGGCUAUACCAAAUGUUACUGUGUCGGAUGUCCAGAAUGCUCUGCAACAGUCAAACCUAACCCUUGGGGAGCUGAACAACAUUGCUGCACUAGCUGGAGCUGCCAACAUAAACAAUCUGAUGUUAAAUAUGGAGGAGAUUAUCAAUGCUCGCCAGUGUUUUGAACCACAGCAUAACCAGACGGUGACAGCCCAGUGUGUUAUUGGACUGAUAAAUGGUGUCAGCGGUUUUCUGACACAUCUACCUGCUCUCCGUAAUGAGACAGCCAUCCUCUCCGUCAUCCCGUUAAUCAUCAAUAACGAUUUCAGUGAUGUCGUCCAAGUUAACUUCAGCUCAGAUCCUAACCUGGCUCUCUCACAUACCCUGAACAGCACCCUGGCCAACAUCAAAAUUAACCUCCAGCUGAACCACCUGUACACUCCAGAGAUCAUGAAUGAAAUCAGAACGGUAGAGGGUCUGAUACAACUGGUCGCCAACACAGAGCCAUUUAACAAUUUGAACACCUCCUUGCUGAUGAACCCCAUGAAUGCUCAGAAAGUGUAUCUGGAGAUUGUGGAAUGGUACUUGAAAAGGCUGGAAAAUAUCACGAGCACAAGCGCGGUCUCAGAGCUUCUCCAUCCACUGUACUACCUCACACAAAUGCAAGUGACAUUACAGCUGGCACAGGUGGAUUUCUCUGUGUUUAUCAGUGAGCAGGUCGAGAGCCUGAUAAACAACCUCCAGUACCCAUUAGAUGGUGCAGGUGUGAGUAAAAUUGGCCAAACAACAGUUGAGAUUAUUUGGCGUCUGUUUGAAUUUAUGAAGGUCAACCUAGUAACUCAGAAUAACAUCCCAGGUUCAGAGCCGUUCUUCAACACAACCGUUCUGCAUCUCACUGAGGUCCAAGUUAGGCUAUACCUUGAUCUUAUACAGAAGUGGAUGAAACAACCCAAUGUCCCGUCGGUCCUCAGUAGUAUGUUCCAAUGGGGAGACCCCUCCAUAAAUGUCUCCACCCCUGUGACAGACCUCCAGCAGCUGCUUGAGACAAUAGUUAAUUUUCUCAGAAAUGAUCAACAGGCCUACAUCUUUACCUUUAAUGAGACAGACCCAACGAUGCCUGAACUGGAACAGUUGAUUAUACAGUUUCUCUCCUUAGAGGGUAACCUCACCAUGUCUCUCUCCCACAUCAUAGGACAAACUCUGCUUACCUAUUCAGACUACCUCCACCCUGACGAUGUGGCCCGUCUCAGAGAAGCCAUUCAGGCUUUCACCAACCAGACCUCAACAGGCGUUGUAGAAGCCAUCCUCAGUGCCAUGGAGCUACUGAAGACAGUGAUGGAUUCUCCAAAUGGUGAUCCAACUAACAUCAUUCUUGGGUACAUACGCCAGCUUCAAGAAUUUGUGAUGUCUCUGUAUAGACUGCAAAGAAUCCAACCGCUCCCAUUACCAAGUGGGCAGCUUAGCACAGCACAAAUCACUGACCUCCACCUGCUUUCCAAGGACUUUCUCAACCUUCUCACCCCAGAGAGCCUUCAGAACCUGUCGCAGGCUGGACCAGAUGCUGCCCAGAACAUUGUUGCACAGAAACUUGUAGCAUUCCUACCACCUGAGGUCCAACAGGAAGCUGCUCGCUUUCUCCAGGAUUUCAAAGCUUUGCAGUAUGAGAUGACGGAAUGUACAUCAGGCCAAAACUGUUUGGCUGGAAUCUCAGAAAUCUUCACGCUCCUGGAUCAGAUAUUAGACAUGAUGCUCUCGGCCAACGGUAAUGUCCGCAUUGGAAUAUCUGCAAACAGCUCUAUUCUGGAGGGACAGGUGUCUGAGGACAUUUUAUCCAUGUUCUUCCCACUCCUACUGUCCUCUAAUGAUGCUGCCAAUGUGGAAACAUUUAAUCAGACUCUUCAUUUCAUCAGAUUGAUCAUGGCUAUACCAAAUGUUACUGUGUCGGAUGUCCAGAAUGCUCUGCAACAGUCAAACCUAACCCUUGGGGAGCUGAACAACAUAGCUGCACUAGCUGGAGCUGCCAACAUAAACGAUCUGAUGUUAAAUAUGGAGGAGAUUAUCAAUGCUCGCCAGUGUUUCGAACCACAGCAUAACGAGACGGUGACAGCCCAGUGUGUUAUUGGACAGAUAAAUGGUGUCAGCAGUUUUCUGACACAUCUACCUGCUCUCCGUAAUGAGACAGCCAUCCUCUCCCUCAUCCCGUUAAUCAUCAAUAACGCAUUCAGUCAUGUCGUCCAAGUUAACUUCAGCUCAGAUCCUAACAUGGCCCUCUCACACACCCUGAACAGCACCCUGGCCAACAUCAAGAUGAACCUCCAGUUGAACCACCUGUACACUCCAGAGAUCAUGAAUGAAAUCAGAAUGGUAGAGGGUCUGAUACAACUGGUCGCCAACACAGAGCCAUUUAACAAUUUGAACACCUCCUUGCUGAUGAACCCCAUGUAUGCUCAGAAAGUAUAUCUGGAGAUUGUGGAAUGGUACUUGAAAAGGCUGGAAAAUAUCACGAGCACAAGCGCGGUCUCAGAGCUCCUCCAUCCCCUGUACUACCUCACACAAAUGCAAGUGACAUUACAGCUGGCACAGGUGGAUUUCUCUGUGUUUAGCAGUAAACAGGUCGAGAGCCUGAUAAACAACCUCCAGUACCCAAUAGAUGGUGCAGGUGUGAGUAAAAUUGGCCAAACAACAGUUGAGAUUAUCCAGCGUCUAUUUGAAUCUAUAAAGGUCAACCUAGAAGCUCAGAAUAACAUCCCAGGAUCAGAGCCGUUCUUCAACACAACCGUUCUGCAUGUCACUGAGCACCAAGUUAAACUAUACCUUGAUCUUAUACAGAAGUGGAUAAAACAACCCAAUGUCUCAUCUGUCCUCAGUAGUAUGGUCCAAUGGGGAGACCCCUCCAUAAAUGUCUCCACCCCUGUGACAGACCUCCAGCAGCUGCUUGAGACAAUGGUUAGUUUUCUCAAUAAUGAUCAACAGGCCUACAUCUCAAUCAUUAGCAAUAUCACCAUGUCCCUGAGCAAAGCCCUAAUGUUGGCAGAGCAACCAGGUGGCCUAGAGAGUGGCCACUUCUUAGCCACUAUUUUGGAAGCAGUCCAAAGUUCUAUGCAGAUCCCGACCGCAGCCACGGGCCCCCUACCGCUCUUUGUACAGCAGAACAUCCUGGAAAUUGUGCAGGACUCACUUGAGAUCAUUGUCCAACCAGACACAAGUUUUCCCUCAUCACUUAACAUCUCCCUCCUCAUCCUCAAGAGGGCUGAGAGUGUCAUCCAACAGACAUUACCAGACAUGUUCGCUGCAUACCUGCUUUCUGGACUCAAAGUAGCAACCACGUAUUUUGAGAGCAUCUCCGCAGCUGGUGGACCAGACAGCUGGAAUCAGUUGAUUCUGGAUGAGAUGAAAACAGUCCAGAGCCUCCUGCCAUCAAACAGCACAGCCCAGUCCUACGUCUCAAUCCUCAUUAACAUCACUCACUUCAUCUUGGAGUCUGGCCAAGGCAACAUGAGUCUCUGGGCCGGUUUUGAGAAUGCAUCAGUAGAGAAUUUUCCCAUAAUCUUUGGCCAGAUGGGCAAACUAUUAGACAUACUUUGGCCACUUGUCAUGGUAGGCCCAGACUCACAAAUAACUGCUCCCUCUCUGGAGGCCUUUACUCAUCUUGCUCCUGUCCUGGAGCAGGUGAUAACUGGGAAGGCAGACCAAGACACAUGGGACAAACUUGAAAAGACAUUAGAGCCCCUACUGUCAGCCCUCGAAGGAACAGAGCUGUUGGACAGUGACCCAUCUGUUGUCACACUGUUUGAGAAAAUCAUAGGAAGUAUGGUGAACAACAUGCAAGCACAGAAUGUGAUGAUACUAAGCCUUCAGAUGCCUGUGGUGACCCUGAUGAGAGAAAUUGCACAGUCUGUGAACACCAGUCAGUUUAAUGUGUCUGAGUUCUUGGAAAGAAUGCAGCUUGCCAUUGAACACACAGUGCAGGCAGCUGAGCAGGCUAAUAGCACAUUGGAGUGCAGUGAAGUUCUCAAGGAAUGGGAGCCGGUAAUGGAGGCAGUGGGGUUAAGCUAUGAUACCAUGGCCAUGUGGUGCAACAUCAGCUUGCAGCCUGUUCUAGAGGCCUAUGAUGCAGCCCAGACUGUCUAUGCCAACAUGAACAUAAGUCACAUGGGUGUGGGACCAAUGACUGUGAGCACCACAGCUGCCAGGAUUGCCAUGGCUGUACAAUCUCUCUACCAAGUCAACAUUAACAGCACACUUGCGACAGAGCAGCUCAGCAGCUCUUUCUUCAGCCAGCUCUCUCAGCUUGCAGGCCAGCCUCUGAGCCCUGAGGCACAGCUUUACUGGUACAAGCAGCUCCAAGACAUACAGUGGCAAAACAGUUUGUCUUCCUUCAAAAUGCUCUCAGAUGAGCUGGUAAGCGUGGCCCCAUUCAUCCAGCCUUACAUUGAAGCUAUAGAGAAAACACUUAGCCACAUCCUGGACAACUACCAUCUCAUUCAAGUCAACAACUCAUCCCAGGACCUCUUCGGAGAAGCAGCAAUGAUUUUCCUAUCCUCUGCAAACAUCACGUCAAACAACAUCUACCCCAUGAUGGAGGGAUUUUUUUCUGGACUCAAUGAAGCAAAUCUUACCGACAUGAUGAGGGAAGCUGUCCAAGUGGUGAUUGACAUGAAUUUAUUUGGGAAUGCGCCUAUGGUUUCCCAAGCCUUGGAGCAAUUUCUGGCAUCAAACGACUCAAGCAUGAUUGUGCAGAAGGUGGCCGAGAUGUCUGCAUGGAUGGCCUCCACUCAAGCGUCUGGACUGGAUCUGCUGACUCAGGCUCUGCCCAAAAUCUACAACAUCCUCAGGCCUCUCUUGUCUGUUCUGACGCAGAUGAGCAUGGACAUGCCAGCAAACGUGGAGCUUUUUGAAGACCUCGCUGGAAACAUAAUUGCAAUGCUGAGACAGUUUGUAAGCACCGGUGGUCUUCUGACCCCUAUGGACUACCAUCCGAGUAUGUUUCAGCAGGAAAUGGCAGGUGGUAGCCAUGCGACAAGGGUCCGAAACAGACGCGAGGCCCCGUUGACGCUGGCAAGGGACCCCAUGGAUGACUUCAUAGACAUGUUCUACGUUGACUACCCUGCCAUGUUCAAAGCCAUCUCUGUUCCUGCUACCACAACAGAAAUUAUGGAGACAGCCAAUGUGUUCUUUGCCAAUCCUGAUCUGAGCGUUGUGGUGAAGGGAGCUACAAGCGAAAUGCCAUGGGGCCUAAAUGCCUCUCGGGAAGAGACCAUUGAUGCUGCUCUUGGGGUACUCUCCUUCUUCACUCUCCCUGGCACGUUUCAGAUGUCAUCAAUGGAUCUCCUGACGAAUGCUGUCGAUAUGCUUCCCGAUGACUUUCCAUUCUCCUCUGUGCUUAAAAAUAUCACCACAGCACUUGCCGGUGAAUCUCAAGAGAACCUGAUGCUCAUGCAAGAGAUCAUCCAAACAGCUGCUGAGCUCCUCCAGAUCAACCUGACGGACCCUCGAUUCACAGAGAAUUUUGGCCUCCUGGGAUCCAAGGUGUGCACCUUGGAGAAAACGGAGUCUGUGCGUCUGCUGAUGUGGGCCCUCUCCGUUGAGCCUGGUCAGCUGUGUAACACUCUUCUACCCAGCCUGCAGAUGUUGGUUGAGACUCUGCUGAUGAACGGGACCUCUCUGACCGACGCCAUAUUCCAGACUGUCAUCGGAGAACCUAAAACCUACAACGUCCAUUCACACUGGUCCUCUGUGUUGAGUCAAGGUUUAGACUUUAACACCAGCAUGCUGAGCUCUUUCAACAUUAACAUCACCUCCCCAGGAGUGGUGACGGUCGGUGAGAUGCUGAGGAAUAAAACAGCCUUCCUUGUGGAUGUUCAGCAACACAUGUAUUUUGAUCCAGCUGCUCUCCUCGUCCUGAUGGAAACCACAGUACCAAACAACAACUUAGAGAUCCUGUCCUGGUUCGUCAACCUGCGUCAUUGCAGCUCCAAAGCAGCCAUGAAAAUGAAAGAGACAGAUGAGGUCAUCUUAAACACCUUCUGCUCCUUGUCUGCUGAACAGUGGUACAGCUUCUCACUACUGAUGGCUCGCCAUCUCAGCAUGGAGAAACUCAUCUACAGAAUGGUGUUGUCUGAAGAAAUGCAAAACCUGGUGGGAGUUUUGCUCAAGAUGGCUGAGACUAUAACCAACACGAUGAACAUGAUUCUUCCUGCCGUUGGUCAACUUCAAACCCACAUGCUCUCCAUCCAAGACCGCAACCUGGUGGCCAACAACGAAUUUAACGAAAUGGUGAGAGGACAGAGGUCCAGCAUCUCUAGCAGAGCUACAUUUGUCACCCUCUCUCGAGCGUUGUGCAGUAAAGGUAUCCUGGCUCUGCUUGGAAUCUCCAAACUCCCCGUCAUGCCAGAGUCAAAUGUCUCCUUUCCCAACCCCCGCCAGAGGGAGGAGAUGAUUGAGAGGUUCAAGAUUCCACAAAACGCCAGUCCAUUCUGUAUGAGCAUGUACCUGGACAUGGUCAAUACCACAGGAGGAGCCAUCGCCUGGGCCUUCCUCAAACCCAUGCUGAUGGGACAAAUUCUGUAUACCCCUGACACACCUGUCACCAGGGCUAUAAUGGAGAAGGCCAAUGCCACCCUGCAUGAGUUUGCAAAUCUGAGGAAGUACUCCAAGGACUGGAUUAAGUCCUCCAACUACAUUGUAAAUUCUGCCCAAAUACUCAGCCAAACAUUACCAAUGCUGCAGAAUUCCCUCGGCAAUUCCUUUGUUGUGAGCUUCAUUGAGAUGCUGACAGACAUCAAUGUCGGCACACUGAAGGAGACGCUCAGCAACUUCUCUAACAUGACCGUCAUGCUGGAGAACAACAAACCCUUACUGGAUCAGAUCACCAUCUUGUCCACCCUGAUGGUAAACCUCUCCUCCUGUAUCAAGUUUGACCGUUACCGUGGCUACGACUCUGCUGAUGAGCUCAACACUGCAGCUCAGGACCUUGCCAAAAACCGUGAUCUCUACGCAAGUGUCAUCUUCAAGCUUCCCAAAGACGAGGACUCAUCCAAGAAGCGUCAGGCCAGGUCUUCCUCCUCCACAUCCUCCCUACCUCCCAAAGUCAGCUACACUAUCCGCAUGCACAUGGACAACGUCAUGCGAACUGACAAAGUUCGGGACUCCUAUUUUGUAAAAGAAAACCACAUCUCGGGCAGUCAGAGAAUGCGCUACAACCGUGGCUUCAUCUACCUGCAGGAGAACAUCGAUCGGGCUAUCAUUGAGACCCAGACUGGACAGAGAGUCAUGGAGCCAGCCGUCCAGCUGCAGCCCUUCCCCUAUCCCUGCCACCCCCGGGAUGAGUACCUGGAGGCCAUCUCUUUUGUCUUCCCUAUCAUGAUGAUGAUAGCCUGGGUGCUGUUCGUUGCUGAUUUUGUGAAGAAACUGGUACAUGAGAGGGAGCUGAGGCUGCAUGAGUACAUGAAAAUGAUGGGAGUCAACCCGCUCAGCCACUUCUUUGCCUGGUUCCUGGAAUGCGCCGCCCACUUGGUGGUGACCAUCUUCAUCCUCACGCUGGUGCUGAAGUAUGGGCGUAUUCUGCCCAACAGUGACGGCUUUAUCCUUUUCUUGUACCUCUGCGACUAUGGUUUGAGCAUCCUGUCCUUCAGUUACCUGGUCAGCUCCUUCUUCGACAAGACCUACAUUGCCGGCCUGAGUGGCAGCCUCCUUUACAUCCUCUGCUUCUUCCCCUUCAUUGUGGUCGUGGCCAUAGAGACAGAUCUCACCUUGUCCCAGAAGAGCGCCCUGGGUUUGUUUUCCCCGACCUGUUUCAGCUAUGCCAGUCAAUAUAUCUCUCGGUACGAGUCCCAAGGAGAAGGCAUUCAUUGGAGCAACUCAUACACCUCGCCCAUUGCUGGAGACACGGCUUCGUUCGGUUGGCUGUGCUGGCUAAUGCUCAUCGACUCCAUCCUCUACUUCCUCAUCGGGGGUUACAUCCGCAUGGUCUUUCCAGGAAACUACGGAAUUUCUGCCCCUUGGUACUUCCCUUUCAAAGCCUCCUUCUGGGCUGACCUGUGCUGUUGUGUGAAGUCAAACAUUAAGAUAGGCAGAGGACUCCUCUUCACCAACAUCAUGCAGAAAAACCAGCCUGUCUUCUCCAAUGACAAGGGAAAAGGUCAGAGCACUCUUUCCUCUCAGGCCGGGGAGGAUUUCUCAAAUCUCCCAGUGGGCGUUGCCCUCCAUGGUCUCAGCAAGAGCUACGGCGACCGAGUAGCUAUUCAAAACCUUAAUCUUUCCUUCUACGAGGGCCAAAUCACCUCACUGCUUGGUCACAAUGGAGCCGGCAAGACCACCACCAUGUCUCUCCUGACUGGCCUUUUCGCCCCAUCUUCGGGCACCAUCGAGGUGUACGGCAGAGACAUGCAAACCAACAUCGAGGCUGUUCGCAGAGAGCUAGGAGUGUGCAUGCAAUAUGACGUCCUCUUUGACCACAUGACCACCAAGGAGCACCUGCUGCUGUACGGCCAGAUCAAGGCCCCACACUGGUCACGCAGGGAACUACGUGAACAAGUCCGCACGAUCCUAGAGGAGACAGGCAUGUACUCUCACAGACACAAGCGGGUGGGCACCUUGUCAGGAGGCAUGAAGCGAAAGCUGUCAAUCUCCAUCGCCUUCAUAGGGGGCUCUCGCUUGGUGGUUCUGGAUGAACCCACCACAGGAGUCGAUCCCUGCUCCAGGCGCAACAUCUGGGACAUUGUUAUCCAGUACAAGAAACGUGAGCCUCUCAGACACACACAAACACACACACAGUGAACACUAAAAACAGGAGGAUUAAAAUGCUGUGGAUCCCCUUUCUACCUGAAAGACAAGCUGGGCCAGGGCUACAAACUCACUCUCACCAAGAAGAUGCACAACCUAGAAUCUGAGAAGUUGGACAAUGCUGAACUGAAGGCCUUCAUCCAAGCUCAUGUACCGGAAGCGCGACUAAAGCAUGCCCAGGGAGGUGACCUAGUCUACUCACUGCCCCCCUUUACCUCAUCCAACGCCUCCUCAUACCGCUCCCUCCUGACCGCGCUGGACUCCAACCUGGACGCUCUGCAGCUGGGGUGCUAUGGCAUCUCUGACACCACCCUAGAGGAGGUGUUCCUCCAGCUGACUGACAGAGAAGAUGGUGCUGAAGACGGCCAACUUUCUAUCUCAGAGACAGUUUCCGACACUGAUUCCAUUGACAGCUUCCCUUCAGACUCCAGUGGAAGCAUCUCAAGUUUUGAUGACAAGAUCAAGCUUACCGGUUCAUCCGUGGUGAGCGGCGUGGCCCUGGCUUGGCAGCAGAUGACCGCCAUACUGAUCAAGAGGUUCCACCACAGCCGCAGAGACUGGAAGGGCCUGAUCUCCCAGAUCCUACUCCCUGUUCUGUUCAUGGUGUUUGCUAUGGGCCUGGGCUCCAUCAGGAGCGACCUGAGACACUAUCCUGAGCUGGAGCUCAGUCCUGCGCUUUACAACUUGGGACCGAGCUACUCUUUCUUCAGUAACCAAAAUCCCAACUCCGCCCAGCUGAUGGACACCAUGUUGUCAUUCCCCGGGAUGGAUAACGCCUGCCUCAACAAGCCCGAUAACCCGAUUUGCACAAGAAGCACAAACAACUGGAGUUCCAGUGGGAACAGCUCCAAAGCAUUUAGUGUCUGUAAAUGCGCCAGUAAGGAACAGAUCUGUGAUGUGGACAGCUACCAGCCACCACAUAAGAUGAUCCCUUCAUCUCAGAUUGUGUAUAACCUGAGUGGCAUCAAUGUGGAAAACUACCUGGUGGCCACAGCAAAUGACUUUAUCAGGAACAGGUAUGGUGGCUUUGAUUUUGGCAUGCGACUCCCUUCUGACUUAAAAAUGGACGUCACAACGGUUCCCGAAAACCGUACUCUGUCUAAGGUCUGGUUCAACCCAGAGGGACUACACACAAUGCCAGCAUACUUAAACAGCCUCAGCAACCUUAUCCUACGUUCCAAUCUUCCAGCAGACAAGGAUCCACCUAAAUAUGCCAUUUCAGUUUCCAGUCACCCCUAUUUCGGUCGGGCGGAUGAUGAAGAUGCAGUUAUCCAGGGAAUUCUUCAUAUUCUCGUGGCCGUGUGUGUGCUGACGGGUUUUUCAAUCACGACAGCCAGCUUCGCCAUCUAUGAAGUCAACGAACACCACAGCGGCGCCAAGAGGCUCCAGCACAUCUCUGGCAUCAGCGAGCCUUUCUAUUGGGCUGUGAACUUCUUUUAUGACAUGGUCAUGUAUUUAAUCCCUGUGACCUUGACUGUUGGUGUGAUCGCAGCCUUCCAGAUUCCAGCAUUCACAGAACAACAAAAUUUGGGCGCUGUCACCCUGCUUCUGGUACUCUUUGGGUUUGCUACCUUCCCCUGGAUGUAUCUGUUAUCAGGCGUCUUCAAGGAUGCGGAGAUGGCCUUCAUCUCCUAUGUGUGCAUCAACCUCUUCAUCAGUAUUAACACCAUCAUGUCCACCUCCAUCCUAUACUUUCUGGGUGAAAUUUCAAAGCGCAAUUCUGAGUUUGUCAAGGAGAUCUUCAGCAGCCUGUGCAACGCCUUCCUCAUCUUCCCCCAGUUCAACUUUGGGAACGGGCUGGUGAAGCUGGCCAGGAUGAACAUAGAGGUCCAGCUGCUCAGUGGCUACGGCAUUGACGCCUAUCGGAACCCAUUCUCCACAGAUGCCCUGGGCUGGAUGUUGAUCUCCUCCUUCAUCCAAGGCGUGGUCUUUUUCACCUUGCGCCUCCUGCUCAACAGGUUUCUCAUACGCAAAGUCAGGAAUCUGAUUUGUGGCAGAAAAAGAGUGCCACUGGUGGCCUGUGAGGAACAGGAUGUGGAUGUGGCGACUGAGCACCAACGGGUGUCCAGUGGAGAAGCCAGCACAGACAUACUGCAGGUCAACCAGCUGACUAAGGUCUAUCAGCACCUCGGGAAGAAGGUCCAUGCUGUCAAGAGGCUCUCUUUGGGCAUCCCUGCAGGAGAGUGCUUUGGUCUGCUGGGAGUGAACGGAGCAGGAAAAACAACCACCUUCAAGAUGCUGACCGGAGAUGUUAGCCCCACUGAUGGCACAGCACAGAUCAGGGACUGGGAUGGGGGCUUGGUCGACAUCAUGGAGUGCCGUAACAAGGGAAUUAACAUCGGCUACUGUCCCCAGGUGGAUGCGCUGGACAAUCUGCUCACUGGAAAAGAGCACUUGUACUUCUACGCUCGCAUUCGAGGCAUCUCAAAGAGGAAGAUAGACGGGGUGGUGACCUACCUACUGAAGAGGCUGCAGCUGAGCUACCAUAAAGACAUCAUUACUGAUGGUUACAGUUGCGGCACCCGCAGGAAGCUCUCCACUGCACUGGCUCUAGUUGGGCAUCCGCAAAUCCUGCUCCUGGAUGAGCCAAGCUCUGGCAUGGACCCUCGCACCAAGCGUCACCUGUGGAAAAUCAUCUCUGAAGAAGUGAAAGGAAAAUGUGCUGUGGUCCUCACCUCUCACAGCAUGGAGGAGUGUGAGGCACUGUGCAGCCGUCUUGCCAUCAUGGUGAAAGGUCAGUUCCGUUGCCUGGGCUCCCUGCAGCACAUUAAGAACAGGUUCGGCAGCGGGUUCACUGUGAAGAUGUACUUGGCCGAGGCCUCCUGUGACACAGAGGCAAUCACUGGCUUCAUGCGGCGCCAAUUCCCCACCACUUAUCUCAAGGACCAGCACUCCUCUAUGGUGGAGUACCAUGUACCAAUUGCUCCUGGAGGGGUGGCUGACAUCUUCGACCAGCUGGAGUCCAACAAGAAUGCUCUGCAGAUCAAACACUUUUCUGUGAGCCAGACCACACUGGAUGAGGUCUUCAUCAACUUUGCCAUGGAUAAGAUCGGGAUGGAAUCCAUAUCACUUGACAGCGAAGAAGAAUGUGAUGACCUGGACUCCAUUAAGGCAGUAGAAACAUAGAGCUGACUGCCAUCCUUCCUUAACCAUUUUGUCUGUGUCCACUAUAAAAUGAAGCACAAUAUAUGUUUAUAGUAAGUCUGCCCUUACUAUAUGUGUGAAAAAUAAGAGUUUAAGCCAUUAAUGUUUUCAAAAUACUGAUUCUGUUUUGAAAGUGUCUUGACUAAUCACAUAAAGGGCAACUAUUAAUUAAAAGUAGAAGGGGAUAUGCCCACAUAUGCAUGUGAAACAUGUUGAUAUACAUUGAAGUGACUUAUCUAACACGUCACACACCUGUUAACCUUUAAUUUUCUGGAUCUUAAUAUUUAUGAAGAAAAGGAUGAAUCAUAUAGACUUUUAAUUGUUCUCUGUGGGUGGGUCACUGCUUACUUAUAGAUUAUUAUAACAUAGUAAAUGAAAAAAACACUGUAUUCUCUAUUUAGAAUAAUUUUCAUUUUGACCAAACAUUGCAAAACAUGAUUUUACAUCAUCUUAAAGCACACACACACUAAACUAAAUAUGUUAUUUUUUUAAUCUAAAGUACAUGUAAUUAUGCCUAUAUGGAAGAGAAUUAGGGCCACAUGUGAAAAUGAAUUGAGUUCUGAGUUUAAAGUAAGAAUCCUUUUUCGCGUGGCCCUAAUCCUCUUUGGUAUAUUUGUAUUAUUCUAAUAAAGGUAUUUUCAAAACAA